ACCUGUAGCGCAUCGCGUAACUCGUUCUCAGUGCCUUCUGGGUAAUCUCUAGACAAAGACCUUGGCGGAGGCUGACGUAUUUCCACAGGUAGACCGAAACUAAAGUAUUUACCGAGUCUAAUAUGACCGGCAUCAGAUUGGUGUUAUGAGAUGUGGAAUCAAAAGGAAUCUGACAAUGAACGGCUAUCGCCAAAUUCGAGCGUUUGAGCGGUUAGGCCCAAAACAUUUUACUUUGUGUCCAUUGAUCCUUGUGGUGGUCACUCUUCAUUGAUUUGUAUGCUCUGACGCAUUCAAAAGGGACAAGCAUUUCCUACUCUGAUUGUCAAGGUAAGAUGUCUGUACUACUACACAGAUCACACAAUUGCAUCAAAUUCUCUUAAUUUCGAAAAGUGAGAUUACAAGGCUGGGGGGACACGAAAUAUCGCGAAAUGAAGCAAAGAAGAUAUCCUUUUUGUCUGCAAGAUGAGCAAGAUGAUCAAUGAAGCAAGGCAAAAUUGUAAUUUGGAGAAACCUGCAAAAAUAUUCAAACGAUCAAAGGAAGACCCACGCUAACAUCAAUUUGAAUUAAAACCACCAUGGAGGAAGACGGGAAAGAUAAGUUUCACGAAAGGUUUAUCAAUUUGUUUGGAUUUUUCAUGUUCGGUUUCACUGAGUAUGUCAUCUUUGCCGCUUUGCUCACUGGUUCGCAAGACAUUCUAGCAAAUACCCAAAUUCCAACAACCGUCACGAUUCUUUUUGCCGACGGACCAUUCCUCUUGCUUUCGCUCGUCUGUCCGUAUUUCAUCUCGACGCUCUCCCCGUUAGCAAGAAUUACUGGAACUGUCAUCUGCUUUAUUUUUGGGAUAUUAGUCGUGGCCUUGGCAAGGAACAUGUGGUGGAAGCUGACGGGAUUAAGUGUUACUUCUGUGGGGUAUUUCUUUGUGGAAGCUGGUCUUUUGCCUUUGACGGCUUUCUACAGUGAGAAGACAGUGUUCGCGUUUUCUGGAGGUACGGGGUUUGGACUUGUAGGAACAGUAUAUUACACCGUGUUGACCACGUCUGCUUGCGUCUCUCCUCGAGACACUCUCUUGUCAGCUGUAUGGCUACCACUCAUCUAUCCUGCCGUUUUCUAUUUCAUGGACAAAAAGCUAAGCCCCUCAACUGACCACGCCCCUUACACCCCUCUCAGCCACACCCCUUACAGCACCUCUGGUGCUCCAGACACUACGCCGGAGGAGUCUCUCACAGGAGUAGAGAAACUCCACAUCGUCAAAUCGCUUUUUGUCUACGCGACAACGUUCUUCCUUGGCGUAGCGGGUCAGUAUCUUGCUUUAGGAGGCGCGGUUACGACUCUAGCCUUCCCAGAAGGCACCAGUGGCGACUUUGCUCCACGUGAUCAGUUCGUGUAUUACGCCACGAGUUUCGCAGUGGGCGAGAUGGUUGGGCGCUCGUACGGUUUCCUCGCGAUGUGUUGGAAGCACGGUUCUCGUCUUAUUACAAGCCAUCUUUGGCUUUUCGCGCUUUUGAUUUGGAUUAACGUCCUUUUCCUAUUCUUCGCGAGCUGGUAUCGCUUUCUCCCAAGCGUGUGGAUCGUCGUCGCAAUUUCAUUUUUUAUUGGGCUGACCGCGGGCGCGCUUUACUGUAAUGCGUUUUCCUUAUCGGGAAAGGACAACGUGUCAGCGGUGCGUCGGGAAUUUUCCCGCGCUUUUUUGGUAGGUGCGUUUGCAAGCGGCCUCGUGGUUGGCUCAUCUCUAGGGGCUGUGAUGGAAUACGUUAUGAGGGCCCAUUGUUUGGAAAUCACCGAUGGUCGUUAUUGUAUUACGCGGGAAAUGAAAAUGUCAAACGAUACUUUGUGCUGGAAACCAAAACAUGCUUUCUAAGAUAAACAAUGACAAGAUAGGGAAAUUAAAGGCAUACUUUGUAUACUGUAAACCAUUAAAAACCUGUGAAGUCGUA